UUUUUUUUUCCUUCUACAACCGAGUGGUUUAAGGUAAGUGGAACUGUCCACGUUUAAUUAGCUUGUUGUGUCCGUGUGAGGUUAAGUUGCUGAGAAGGACGAGGCAGUAAGCCGUCCCCCUCCCACCUCUACCUCCUCCUUCUCCUCCAGCACGCCUUUAUAAAUGAAAAAAACGCAAGUUUGACCAAUUUGUGCUGCACAAUCUGACAUUUUCAGUGUGUGAAGGAUGCUGUGAUUGCAUCCUGAGAUGCUGACUCUGACAGCCAUCUAUCUAUAAGUGACUCAAUGGAAGCUUCUUCAGGUUAGACAAUCCUGCAGUUUUCUUUUUUGCAAAGGAUAUUUUUUCUUAUAUUAUUUUUUGGUGAAUUUUGGAUCAUAUCUCCCCACCAUGCGCGCCUCCUCUCCGGCAUGGCUCUGUGUCCUGCUGCUCCUCCUGUCUCUGCAGCUCCAGGCUCUGGGAGCUCAUCGACACAGGUUAUCCAGAAUCUACAAUUCCCCAAAACCGUCUCAUCCCAACGUUUUACCCACGGCGUCUGACCUCUCUCUAUCUGUGGGCGACCGACUCCUGCAGGAAGGUUCACGGAUCCUCUGGAGGGCCCCGCCGCACCAGGAACCGUCGCUUCACCUGAACCAGAAUGGACUUUCGGAGGCAAAGAUGUGGCAGCGGGGACUGAGAGGCCGUCGCCAUGCCAACGGCAGUAAUGGGAGGGGUCACAUGAUGAGGGUGGGGUGCGUCCUCGGCACCUGUCAGGUGCAGAACCUCAGCCAUCGACUCUACCAGCUGAUUGGACAGAGCGGGAAGGAAGACUCCUCCCCCAUCAAUCCACGCAGUCCUCACAGCUACGGAUAAGGUCACUCCGCCACGACUCCCAAAACUUCAACAUCCACUGUUUAAAGAGUAAUGCAGAUAGAUCCCUGUUUUUAAGAAAAAAUACUUCAUAUAUCACAAUAAAUGGGUGAAAUGUGUCAACAUCACAUUAGAAAAUAAAACCGUUCGAGAUGUGUGAAGAGGUAAUAGAAGUUAGUGAACUUGUGCAAUAUGAAAGUUAUCCAGGAUGACCAAUGGAGGGUUCUUAUUAACCACCUUUCUUUGCUUAGACGUUUAUGUUUGACAAAAACGUUCCCAUUUUUGUCCCUCAAGACUUAACGCUCGAGAAAAAAAUAUGUUUGACUUCUUGGAAUUUUUAAUUCAAGUAAAUCUGCUGCAGCAGGAUGCUUUUAUUUUGAAAGGAACUGUGACAGAAAUGAAAGAGUUUUAUAUAUAGAAAAAUAUUAAACAGUUAUAAUUCAAUUAUAUUCAGUGUAAAUAGGUGACAGCUACAUUUAUAAAUGCAGAAAAAGCUAAAUUGUAUAAAUGAAUUGCUAAAAACGUAAAUAAAACUUUUUUCUUAAAGGAAAAGUCGGAAUUUUCAGCUCUCGCUGAUUAACCUAAAUAUCUGUUUUAGUGUUAAAGGUCGCAGCUGAACACUGUGAUUACUCCACCCUGUGCAUUCCCUCCCAGUUUACCUCUGUUUCUAUUUUUGCAAGAUAAUACAAAUGCAAAAAUAUGCUGGAACUCAUUUGAAAGUGCCUCCUUUCUAUCCGACAGCCAUUAAAUGACAUUUUCUUUUGCCAGAACUGCGACUAAAUUAUAUUUAUUUUGAAAAAAGGAAGGAAGGAUGAGUGCAAGAAACAUACGUGUUAGAUUACAUGGACACUCCAGCCUACCUGAGGUCUGCUGUCAUCACUGUGCUGAUCUGACCUUAGCUCAAGGAUAAUCUCUCACAAGCCCAUUCAUCUGCCCCUGCUUCGAGUGGCUCUGGGACAGGCAGAAAGCAGGAAUAGUCGAGUCAGGCCGGGACAAGCACUCGCCUAAAAACACUAGUGUGCGCACAAGCCAGCCAAAAUAACUACUAACCUUAAUCCAUGAGCUGUCUGCGCCUCAACACAGCGGCUUUGACGUCCUGAACCACAAGGAAUGAAUGGAGUGCUUUUUAUUGCAUAAAUACUAACUGUAGUUACAAUUUUCUGUUUGUAACUAAACCAUUUCUGGAUCAUUUUGCUUUAUUAUAUACGGGAGGUUAUUGCUAAAAAGCACUUUAUUGUUCCGUACAUUUAGAAUGGCUUUCAUAAAAAACAUAUUUUUAAAGCAUUUUUUAUGUUAUUAGAUUCUGUAUUAUUGUUUCAUGCUUAAUGUGCCCUUUUGUAAAGCUUAUUUUCUCUCCUGUCGUUUGCUUUUAUUGUAGCUAUUUGUAAUAAAACCGUUUUUUCCAUCAGCUGUUAUCGUGACCUUUUAUAUUAUUGCCUACAUUUGUGAUUUUUGGAUGGAAAUAUAGCAUUUUGUGCUGCCAACUAGAAAAAUAAAGAACAAAAAAUUGAUUAUUGUGUCUUAGACAAAACUGUCUUCCUUCGAAGACAUCAAAAACGCCUUUAAGUUUGAAUGUUCUCUCUAUAAAGAAUUGAAAAUCAUUUCUAAAAUUGAAUAUUUGUAUGAAUACUUUCUGCUCUGGGAAGGCUGCAUUGAGUUAUUGAUCUGUAGCUGCGUCACGAG